AUGUCUGCUACUAAUUACGUGUCUCCCACUUCUUCAACAUCAACGCCAACAUGGCACCACUUCGAGCGCAAAGUCGACGAGGUCAAGCCGUCCAAGACUGACAUGAACAGAUUGGUUAUGGACUACCUCGUCACCAACGGCUAUCCAGCUGCUGCGCAAAAAUUUGCACUCGAAGCCAACAUCCAGCAAGUGGACGUCGAGUCAAUCCAGGAACGGGUUGGAAUUCGCACGGCCAUCUAUUCGGGGAAUAUUCAGUCUGCUAUUGAGAAGAUCAAUGAGCUCAAUCCUCAGAUUUUAGAUGAAAACCCGUCGCUUCAUUUUGCGCUCCUACGCUUGCAGCUUGUGGAAUUGAUUCGCUCCUGCUCGCUUAACCCCGAUGGAGACAUCACACCAGCCCUCGAGUUUGCUACCUCGCAGCUCGCUCCUCGGGCACCAACAAACCCCCAGUUCCUUGAAGACCUUGAGAAGACUCUUGCGCUUCUCAUCUUCCCCAAGGAAAACCUAACCCCGUCACUAGCACCUCUUCUUCAUUCCGAUCUACGUAGGGAUAUAUAUGCUAAGGUCAACGCAGCUAUCCUGCAAGACCAAGGCGCUCGUACAGAAGCUCUAUUGUGCGACUUCGCUAGGUUAUACGCCUGGGCGGAGCAAAAAGCCCGAGAGGCUAAGAAGGAUAUCCCCGACAAGCUGGAUCUUGGACUCGGGGAAUCCAGCAAUAGUAAUUCUGCUCGGGACACCACGGCGAACCCUCAGAAUGGCGCCUCUAACGACACUGUAAUGACCAACAACGGAGACGUUGAUCCGAUGAUCUCAUGA